AUGGCCCACUUAGAAUCUCGCAAAAAUGUCUCUCCAGACUCAGGCUUCCCAGUAACUCUCCAUCCAAAAUUCAACGCCAAGAUUAAAGAUCAUGUUCCUCCAGACCCUGUUCGCGAGGAAUUUGCCCCGCCUAAAGAUCGAGCUUUUUUUGCAGACAAGGAAAAGAAAAGCUUGUUCUCGGUCGCGAAGCGAGUUGAUUUGACCGAGUCGAUUGGAACUAUCCUUGAGGAUGUGCAGCUGUCGCAGUUGAAUGGGAAGCAGCUAGAUGAACUGGCCUUGCUCGUCAAUGAACGUGGAGUGGUGUUUUUCCGGGACCAAGACCUCAUGACUGAGAAACAGGUCGAGUUGUUUGAGCAUUAUGGCGUGCUGGACAAACAUCCUGCACAGAAGGAUCAAAAAUUCGUGAAUAUCCACGGUAGCCGCGAAGACCACCGCGAGAUCGCGAACUACACUCCUUGGCCGAGCGGCGAAUUUCACGCAGACACAUCAUUCGAGAUCAAUCCACCUUCAUACUCUCUACUGAGAAUGGAAGAACAUCCCGAAGUAGGCGGAGACACAGCCUGGGUCUCGCAAUACGGCCUCUACGACGCCCUCAGCACAGCAUACAAGAGAUUCCUCGACGGCCUGCACGCCGUGCAUACCUCGAGACUCCAGUACGACACGAUCCUCGAUCUUUGGGGCGUGGGACCCAACCGGCCUCCGAUUGACAGUCACCAUCCAGCGGUCCGCACCCACCCGGUCACGGGACUGAAAGCCCUAAAUGUGAACCCGGGAUUCGUGACGGGAUUCGCAGAACUCAAGAAGCUUGAGUCAGAUAAACUGCUGGACUUCCUAUCGUAUCACAUUCACGCCGCUGACGAUCACUAUGUCCGAUGGAAAUGGGCGGUUGGGAGUGUUGCGAUGUGGGAUAAUAGAUGUACCGUUCAUCGAGUCAUUCCUGGUACGUAUAAAGGAGCUCGACGGGGUAUUCGGACUACAGUGUUCGGUGAGAAGCCAUAUUUAGAUCCGGCAAGUGAGAGUCGAUUGGAGCGUCAGGCUCGCGAGGAGAAUAGAAACAAUCAAGAACGAGAGAAGGAGAACGAUGAUGCCACGGAUGGACCAAAGGUUCCAGCUUAA